GACACAUUACACAGUCAGACUUCCAGACACAUCAUGGAAGGGAAAGGGCUCGUGGCUGAGCUGCAGAGAGCUGCUAUAUGCCCUAUCUGCAGGGGUCACUUCAAGGACCCGGUGAUCUUGGACUGUGAUCACAGCUACUGCCGUGCCUGCAUCACCCGUUACUGGGAAGAGGCAGCUGCGUCUGGGAAGGGCCCAAGGGUGCUGUCCUGCCCUCAGUGCAAGAUGGUCUUUGAGAGGAAGAACCUCCGGACCAAUGUCAAGUUGGCCGUGGAAGUCAAGAUCACCCAGCAUCUCAAUGCCAAGACAGCCGAGGUGCCCCUCGGCCCCAAGCCCAGGAGGCGUCGUGGAGGGUGGUUACCCGCAACCAGCAUCCGGGACGAGAAGCAGGGCAUCAGAGAACUCUGCAGAUGCUAAUAUGGUUCUGAUACCCUCCCAGACACACAUUUCCAUUUGAACAUGUUGGACAUUUAAUGUGAAGCCCCUCCAAUCAACCUGCCAAGAGAUAAGACAGUCAAGACCCUGGGGGAACAGGUCUACUCUGGAACAGACUAUGACAUGGAGGAGAGCAAAGUUCUGAGGAAGGAGCAGCAGAUCCUAGGCCUGCACCCAAGUGAAGAUCCAUACUUCGGAAUGGAGCUACAAGAGCUAGAAGAAAUCCUCCCUACAUUGCUUUAAUUUUUAAAAACAACAGAGAAAUACCAGCACACAAGCCUUGCGGAACUAAUGGACCAUAGUUACCUAGCAAGGAGGAAAUUCAAUUUGCUGUAUGAUCAAACUGCCCCUUUUCUUGGUGACUUCUUUGCAUCUUCUGUGACGAAAUCCUGACAUUGAAAACAGACUCCAGGACUUGGCUUAGCCUGAAUUUUAAGCACUGCCUUCCAUGUCUUAUCAGAACAGACUUUGGUUGGACUAAAUCUGGGAAGUGUGCCUGGUUUGGCAUAAGGACAAAACCUUCAGAUCAGCUGCACGGCAUCCUGGGAAAAUCUUAUCCUUGUACCCAAGGUGUUGCUUGUAGGGAAGAGGACUUCAAUAUUAGAGAUGAUCUGCAUUAGCAGGUGGCUGCUGGGCCUUGGAGAGGAAUGGCUGCUUUCGGACUAAUACUGCUGAAACUACACAGUGAGAUGGUUACCUGUAUCUAUAGUAUUAUUUUGCAACAGACAGUGUAUGAAGGGAGGUCAGUCUUAAUUACUCUGCUAAGGCCCCUUCCACACAUGCAGAAUAAUGCACUUUCAGUUCACUUUGCAGCUGGAUUUUACUGUGCGGAAUAGCAAAAUCCAUUUACAAACAAUUGUGGAAGUGAAUUGAAAGUGCAUUAUUCUUCACGUGCAGAAGGGGCCUUAGAUUCACACAAUUCAUUCAUUAAUCAUGAGCCACAAAGGAAAGAUGAUAUAUAAAUAUUUUUUUAAUGCAACAAAUAAAUAAAUCUCCGAUAUCACCCUCUACCAUUUGCUCAUCUGCCUUGAAAGACAUUCAAAGCCAUCUAGAUAAGGUUCAUACUGCUUCUGUGGACCUCACGGGAUCAGAUGUACUCUUACCAUUGUUUUAAAUGUUGGAAGGCAAUAAAGCAAGUGGCUCUUAAAUAUAAAUUAGCAUUCACUGAGCAGAACUGAAAUGCAUUGAAGUGCAUGAUGCAACUAUUCCUUAAAUACUCAGUACCAUUUUUCAUUUACUGCUUUUGGCUAAGGGUAUGUAUUUAGGCUGAGGUGGAUGGUAAGAUGGCAAAGAAACACCCCAUUGGUUGUUGAUGCCCGUCAGUCUCUAGGAUCUUUAGUUAGGAACGAAGAGAAUAAAUCAUAGAGUUGGAAGAGACCACAAGGGCCAAUCAUGUCCAACCCCCUACCAUGCAGGAACACACUUGAGGAAGAAAUGGGAAAUCUUCUCUUGCUCUCUUCAUAUCGAGUUCCCAGAGUCCUGGAGAAAAAGUGUUCUGACCCUUAAAGAGAGAAUUAAUGGGGUGUUCUUUACAAGGGAUGAUGUUAUUUACCUCAGUGCCAGGCAAAGCUGCAGCUUCUCAUCUCCACACAUUUAUCCUUUAUUAAAGAAAGGGACAGGACAUUUUCUCCCAUGCUUGCACAGAUACAUCAUUAAUGUGUUUUUUUUUCCUGAAGUCCCUGCCUCCAAUGUACUAUGCUGCUAAUCCCCUGCACAAGUAAAGACAGGAAGCAUUAAGAUGCAGUUAACACUCCAUAUUUUUAAUUUGUGGUGUACCAAGAAUCAAUUUUAGAUUUUUGUUUGUGUGUGUAUGCAUAGCAAUUUCAGUCCUUCACUGGAAGGGACUCAUAAGUGUAAAACUCUACUUAAAUAAAAACAAGAUUGCAAAGGAAA